GAAGUUACCGCUUCAGUAAGCCAGCAGUUUGCAGCCGCGCUCAAGCUUCACCUCAGACCACCAACAGAAACACCUCCACCCUCCAAACAGAGCUUUGUCCCAUCGGGAGCUCAUUUGGCUCCAAUAUUCGCACCAAAAUAGCUAGCCACUAUCUCGGUAGCCAGCUACUAGAACCACCAUGACAGAGUAUGCCGUUCCUGACCCUUUGACAAAGUUGCCACUUCGAAAGUUUGAGCAUUUUCGCGUGACGACCCAUGAUGCUCCCCCCGAACCGCUGUCUUCUAGCACUACAACUACUGUUGUAGCAUGUCGUGUGUGCGAAACCAAUCAUUCGAGAUAUACGUGUCCACGAUGUGGGAUACCCUAUUGUUCGGUGGCUUGUUAUCAGUCACAUAACAGCAAUAGCAACAACGAUGCGUCUUGUACAGAAGGCUUUUAUCAAGAAAGGGUCCAAUCGGUGCUACAGCUAGAACGAAAGGCCAAAGUGGAGGACACGCAUCGGAUGCUUCAUCGACACUACCACAACGAGAUGAGUGGUGUGGAAAAUAUUCUUCAAGAAGUAUCCAAUGAAGAAGAACUGGACACGGAACGAUUGAUGGAAGUCUUGGCGCUGCUGGAGCUUCAAGAAGAAUCUCAUACUGGCAGUGACCAACAGCGGGAAAUUCAACAACAAUUAGCUAAUCUGCUCGCCAAAUCUCCCAAUUUAAAGAGCGCCUUUGAAGCGUCCUUGGAACGAGGAGAAGUGCAACAGCUGGUCCUCCAACCCUGGGAUCCAUGGUGGAGACCCGUUCUGGCAUCCAAAGACGACGAUGAUCAAGAACAACAAACCACGUCAACAUCAGAAGGUCCCACCUUGGAUGAACGGUUACUAAAAGUCUCAUCUUUUGAAUCCUUACUGCCAGCUGCCAAAGGAGGUACCAAAAGACCACUGCCCAACUUGACAUUCAACCUACUGGAAGUUCUCUAUUGGAUCGCCCACACAUUGCGGCAGUAUCACGGAGUGACAAAUGCCACUGCCGAUCCAGAGACGGCUGUGGAAGCGGCCACGACCUUGCUACAAUCCUCCACGGUACUCUCCAAAGAUGCCAGGUAUUCGUGUCUGGAAGAAGUCAUGAUGAGUCUCACCCAGCAGACCAAGCAGCAGCAACAGACGCUGGCCGAGGAUGUCGAGUUGAUUGUGGGUCACAGGCGAAUGGUCGGCAGGGCAUUGUUGGAAGCAUUGGAUAUUUUCAAGGCUGCCAUUAUCGUGCUCAAACACAACAACAAAAAGCAUACAGGAACUUCGCCCGACGAUGCCGGUGCUGAAGAAUCCUUGCUGCUGCUGGACUUGAGACGCAAGCGCAAGAAAAUCGAAUUCUUCUUAUCCUGGUCACAGUAUGCUACUAGUAGUAUACACUCUGCCAACAACAACGACAACAGCAACAAUCAAUCCUUGUCCGUGAUUCUGCCAGAGCAAACUCCAGAAUUGAUUCGAGCUUGGAUUGAUCACUACGGCCAGCUAGCAGCAGAGUGCGAUAGCACAGACGAAGCCGAGAAGAAGGAUCCCUUUGUGGAAGAGUUUGUGUCUGCUGCAGCUACUGUUCCGUCCAGCAACCAUCAGGGACAUGGUAGGAUUCUGCACCAACCAAAGGGACAAGGGAAGAAAACCACCAAGAAAAUGAUUGAAGUAUUGGAUUAGCUAGCUAGCUACCUAGGGCGACAAAAUUCUCGGUCAAGAACAAUCCGAUGUACCGGUACUAUUUGCAACAUGGAAAGGGCAAAGUGGGAGCAGUGUGAAAAGAGACGCCUCUACUACUUGCUAGCUAGCUAGCUGCCUGCAGAAAGACUACUUUUCAUUAUUUCUUUAAUGUUGCCACGGCAAUGCAAAGACGCGAUGUCCGUGGUUGCCAUUCGCUUACGGGAAUGUGCCAAGCAGUGCCUUCCAUUCCCUCUCUGUUGAUUGCAUUGCCUUGAAUUUCGCAACUGAAAGAAUCAGCUGCAGCAAAAUUAAUCUUUCUGUCUUCCCAUUCAUCUUCGAUAAAAGGAGCAAUGGCAUAAGUGACAAUGUGUGAACUAAACCAUCGCCGGAACAGCUGUGGCUCCAACAUCUCCAAUUUAUGAUCACGCAUUUGAUCAUUGGAGAUGAGGAUUGGUCGAAUGCCAGGCAAUAUGCUGGAUUGGCUUGAAGUCUUCAUGCCAUUUUGAUUUGCUAUGCUUGCAAGCAUCCAAUAGUAAUCGUCAAAGUAAUGUGCGGGCACCACGUACAUUUUCUGUUCAUUGAUGAGUCUGGGGUGGAAGCAAGGAUGAGAUAGCCGCUCAUUGCGCCUGGAAUCAUGAAACCAUCCUUCUGCUGGACAUACCUAGUAAUCACAUCAAGGUCAGCAGGUUUCAGUUGCUGAUAAGCACCUUGAGCACGUCGGAAGCUUGAGUUGACAUACUUCCUUGGCAUUAUUACCAAUGGGUUCUCCCCGAGUCGUUCAAGCUCGGCAACCACCUUUUGUACUUGACUAUAUCGAACAGUCCCUUGGCCAAAGUAAGCAACAUUGGCGCCAUCUAUUGACAGGAGAGGGAGCAAAAAGCCAUGAGCCAAAGUCUGUGCAUCGUAUAGAAAGGAACAACCGGGCAUCAUAGAACUCACCUACAAAGGCAGUGAAAGGAUCUCCUUCUCUGUUUCUGUGUGCAGCAAGACGUUGAUGAAGGGAUGAAUGAGAAUCAAGAAAUACAGCAAGGCACCAGGUGCGAGGAUCUCCUGCCUCUUACUCUAACCAAUCCCCAAACUUAAUCAGCUCUUUCUUGGCAUCGUCGCCACUGCUCUUAUUCUUGCUGCUUUUCUUCCUACCAGCAGUGAACUCUACAUGCUGAGCUUCUGCCAUUUCAAAUAGGGCGUUCCGCAUAUGUUGUCGCUGGCUGUCACUGAGGGUGUUCAAGCGCAGUUUGGCACCUGUAGCGGGACAAACAGAUGAGAUUGGAUCAACAUUCACUCUUCCGACGCAAAAUUGCACCCCCUCGCUGGUCAGUUCCCAACCAUCCACGGCAUUCGCGGCAUACGGAAUCUCCCUUCGAUCAUUCAAAAAAUCUCCCAGUAGCUUGAACCCAGCUCUAAAGUGGUUGUACAUAUCCAAGGCUGUAGCAUCUGAAACUUCCAGGACAUCCUCCCCCAUACCAAGCAAAAUUUCAUCCAAAAGCUUUGGACCAGUGUCUGCUGACAAUCCAAGGUUUACUGCAUCAUCAAUGAUGGGUGAAUGCAGUCCAAAGACACGAUUCCUGGCAAGUGCUCCAAGGAUGAGUGAAUAGGUUUCUCCGUCCAUGUAAGCCCGAGGUGCAGCGCGAAUAAGUUGCCACAAGCGUAAUACGGAGGAUGUGUCCCCAACUUUACAGUAGUGUGUCAAUAGCGGCGUGAAUGUACGUAAUCGUUUGCAUUCCUGGCCAUCAUCCUGUCAAAGAUAAGAAACAAAUUGAUGUUAUCAGUAGUAGUUGCA